AUGAACGCGAGAGCUCAUGUGCUCGAAUUGACAGUUGAUGAAAGACAAAUUUCAGAAACUGUAUUAAGUAUCUUCCAUAGUUUGAUGUUCCAUAGGACACUUGGGAAGUUUCAUUACAAGCAAGAAGGUAGUUACUCAAUAGGAACUCUGGGCAUGGUUGAUGUCGACUGUGACUACAUAGACUUUACCUACGUCAGGGUGGCCUCGGAUGAAUUGGACAACAUGCUGAAGAAAGAAGUGAGUGGAUUUCAGGAUGAUCUUCGUCGAAGGUUCAGUGGCACGGGUGGUGCUAUAUCUUUGGAAUUCUAUCAAAAACGAAAAAGUCACCUCUUCAAGAAGGAUGAUGUUCCAUGGGAGGUGUGGACCAUUGUUUUAGAAGUCGUUAAGCUUAAUAAUGAAAAUGAUCGACAACAAAUUCGAGAAAAGGUUGGAGAGCUUCUAACAGAAAAAGUUUUCUACAUCGCAGAAACGAUGAGCAAGUUUGAGUACAUCCCCAAGGUACCUAAUGAACCUGACCUUGAGCUCGUAUUCGACCUUUCCUUCCCUAACAUUCAACCAUAUUUGUUCAGGCAACAACAUCAUCAACAACUACAACAACAACAACUAUCUACUUCUCCCUCAUCUUCAUCGUCAUCCUCGCCAUCGGCUGUUGGUAGUGUAAUGAAGAAGAUUAUCAAAGGGGCGUUGGCUAUUUAA